AUGAAUCCAGAUGCGCCAUUUCUAUCAGAAGACGAUUACUCAGUCAAUUCGAGGUAAGCUGUAGUUGUUUGCUGUUGCUCACGUAGCGGUUGUCUGUUUAAAGGAUUCUGUUGUUAAAGUUAUUGAAGAACAAUAUAUGAUAUCAUUUUUGAUGUGUUUACGUUACUCUCAAGUUGUGUUUAAUAUGUGUUUUUAUAGUAUUUCCGAAGUUAUGAUCGACAUUUCCGGACGUGAAUUGGAAGCGUUGCCUGAAGGUUUCAUGGAACUGGACGAUGUGACGGUGGCUUCAGAUAUGGACGUUAGUCACAACCGCUUCACGGUUUGUCCUGAUGAUCUCUUCAAACUCACAAAUCUCACUUCGUAAGUGAUUUGAUUUACUGUAAUAAGACUGAUAAAGCACAUAUUUAUAAAACAACGUCCUAGUGAUGCAUAAACAUAAAAAUUUAUAGAUUGGACUUCAGCUACAAUGAUCUUCUUACCAUUCCUAAUAAAAUAGCUGCUCUACAACAAUUACGACGGUUAGAUUUGAGACAUAAUCAACUGAAGGCACUACCAGACGGAUUCGAGAAGCUACGCAACUUGGAAGUGCUGAUAUUGUCAGGAAACCAAUUUCAAGAAGUUCCUCAAGUCAUCUUCAGAUUACCACGGUUAAAAGAAUUACAUAUGGGUGCGAAUCAUCUUUCUCAGAUUCCACAAGAGAUCUCACGGUUAACCAAGUAAGUUAUUUUAUAAAGUAAAUGUUAUCACGUACACUACUAUAUAGCAGAUAGUAACGUAUGAGAUAAUCUUUAGCUUUAUAUCAUGAUUUACAUACUACUGCUAUUAAGCUUUGUAUUUAUAUAUAUAUAUUAUUUUCAGUCUGGAGAUACUCUACUUGGGUGACAAUCAGUUGACUUCUCUUCCAGAAUCCAUGGGAACGUUACCUAAUCUUACAGCUUUAGCUUUGGCAGUCAAUAGGCUAGAAACUUUACCAAUCAGCUUUGAAAGACUAUUCUCUUUAAGGACGUUAACACUCCACAAUAACCGUAUAAAGGUAAAGAUUUAGUAUGACUUUUGAACCAUCUUAAAUUGAUAAUUUUUGUAUUGUAACUGUCAUGCUUAAGUUGAUAUUCAAUCUUUCACUUACUGUAUGAAUAGUACCUUACAUUCUGUACUUAAAAUUACUUUUCAGGCUUUACCAACAGGAAUAACCAGACUAAAAAACCUGGAACAACUGAAUAUUAGAGCCAAUCCACUGAGUAAGUGCCAUUUCUUUAAACUCAUCUCUCUUUAGUUACCGACUUCGUUAACAAUAUGACUUUCGAACCGGCUACGUUGACAGAGUUGGCAGCACGAAUUGUAAAACUAAAAAUGGCAAAACACAUCUGCAUUCUACCGCCACAUUUAAGACUAUACCUAAGCUCGGCCAACCAAUGUGUCAAUCCCAAAUGUAAAGGAGUUUACUUCGAGGCCAAACAAGAACACAUCAAGUUUGUGGACUUUUGCGGAAAGUACCGAGUUCCACUGAUGCAGUACUUGUGGUAAGUCAUUUGAUUCAUUUUGAACUUUAUAUAAACUACAAAAACAACGUUUUUAAAGAAUUCGACAUUAAUUUACAUAACAAACAACCAAAUUUGAUCAUACAAAACACAAAGUAACUUUACAGUUCAAGCACCUGCUCCUCAUCUAGUCCCGCAUAUGCUCUUUCAUCGUCAGGAGAAUCAGAAGACGAAUUAGAGCUACCGUCAACCUCUCAACAAAAGAUGAGGAAAGUAUUGUUAGGAUAG